AUGCCUCAUAUGUGGUUAUUUAUCAUUACCUACUUACUAAGGCAAGGAGUGAGCAAAGCCAGCCAAUGUACUUCACAAGGAAGGUUCCCUAAUCAAUUCAACGAGUGUCGCGGUUUUACUAUGUGUAUAAGUGGGGCGGCUGGAUACAUGGAAUACAAUCUUACUUGUUCUGAAUCAUUCAUUUUCAGCCAUAUCGAAAACUUAUGUACUAAUGUUACCAGUUACAAAUGCUUUCCGGAUUACAAUUGUACCGAAGUAGGAAAUUUUGAGGCUGAUUCAACUGAAAAUUGCAGAGCAUUUAUAUCUUGUGUAGAAGGUAUAAGUGGUAUGGUUAAACCAAGAUGGAUCGAAUGCCCGCAAGGAACACUGUUCAAUAUUACUGAAAAGUCCUGUGUUAAUGAAACUUUGCAUAAAUGCAAUAAACUUGAUAAAUCCUCAAGUGACCCCACGGUGUUAAAAUAUAUGCCGAACUUUUCUGGUAAUUUCUCUGUUAAUAAAGCUGCAACCACAAAUCUUAAUAUAAUUGUAUUGUUUUCUAUUUCAAUUAUGUUUAACGUAAUAAAGUAA